UAAAAUGUUUGAUAAGAAAUAAAAAUCGUAACAUUUCCACCGUCUUCUUUUUCAACCCAAUUGCUCGCAAUAUCUCUUCAAUCCUCUCUCUCAAGAUGCAUCCCCAUCUCUUCCCAGCCAUCACUCUGUCCAUGAUGAUAAUAGCCAUAACCUUAAUCCAUUGUCCAACAACCUUGCGCGCAGAAGAUGAGCAAUACCUCAACUGCAGCGCACCGUUAAAUUGUAGCGGCUUUACCAACCUCGGUUAUCCUUUUUGGGGAUUGAAUCGGCCAGAAUAUUGUGGUCACCCAAGUUUUCAGUUAGAUUGCAGCAAUGAUGCCCCGCGAAUCAAUAUCUCAAACAUGAACUACAGAGUCCUUGAGGUCAAUAAAACAUUGCGGACUCUCAGGGUUGCUACUUGCUAGGACGGAUUACUGGGACACGAUUUGCCCUUCUGUGCUUGUUAAUACCACCAUAGAUUUCACCCUAUUUUCCUAUAAUACUUCAGAUGCGAACCUGACACUCUAUUAUCAAUGCCCUGUCACUUUAGUUCCUAUUACAUCUCUGGUCAGUACUAGCGUUCUUCAGUUUAACUGCACCAUAAACAAUACAAAUUUUUUCAAUUACUAGUCCCCGAACAUCUACUCUCCGGAUUUAUCCUCAAUUAGUAACUCAAUCGGCGCAUGCAACUACUGGGUCAAUGUUCCAAUUCUGCUACCAACAACUGCGAUUGCUACAACUCAAGAUGCAGUAAUAGCAGCUAUUGAUGGCGGCUUCAUGUUGACUUGGAAUGCAAGUAAUCCCCAGUGUGAUACAUGCCUAGGGGCCGGAGGGCUUUGUGGUUCUGACCCAAACACAAGUGCAUUUGCUUGCCACUGUCAAAACGGGACUUUUGUAUCCGGGUGUGCUGGACCUGUAUCAUCAUCAAGAUCAUCUUCCAAGCUGAAGCGUAAAAUUGUCAUAGGCAUUACGGCUGCUGUGCUUGGGACUAUAGUAGUCUUUAUCAUAAUAUGCUGCCUUAGAAGAGAACAAUUGAGUAAGGCAUUGAUCUUUAGGAGGACAGCAAGGAAAAAUGAUGAAAAUGUCAAGGCAUUUAUAUUGAAUUAUGGUUCACUUGCUCCCAAGCACUAUAGUUAUGCAGAGAUCAAGAAGAUGACCAACUCAUUCAUAAACAAACUAGGCCAAGGAGGAUAUAGCAGUGUAUACAAAGGAAAGCUGCCAGAUGGUAAGCUCGUGGCAGUAAAAGUUCUAAGUGAAUCCAAAGGCAAUGGAGAAGAUUUUAUUAAUGAAGUUGCUAGCAUUUGUAGGACUUCUCAUGUUAAUAUAGUCACUCUUUUAGGUUUCAGUUAUGAAAAGAACAAGCGAGCUCUAAUAUAUGAAUUUAUGCCCAAUGGAUCUCUAGAUAAAUUCAUAUAUCAUCGAGAAUCUUCAGCAACAAAUUGUCGCUUGGAAUGGAAAACAUUGUACAAAAUUGCAGUUGACAUUGCUCGUGGACUAGAGUAUUUACAUCGAGGUUGUAGCACAAGGAUUUUGCAUUUUGACAUAAAGCCUCAAAAUAUUCUUUUAGAUGAAGAUUUCAACCCAAAAAUCUCUGAUUUUGGCCUUGCUAAACUAUGCCAAAGAAAAGAUAGCAUUGUAUCAAUGAAUGGCAUGAGAGGAACAGCAGGGUACAUUGCCCCAGAAGUAUUUAGUCGGAGCUUUGGAGGAGUCUCUCACAAGUCUGAUGUCUAUAGUUAUGGAAUGCUGAUUCUUGAAAUGGUUGGAGGAAGAAAGAAUUUUGAUGCUGGAGUGUCUAACAGCAGUGAAAAAUAUUUUCCAGAUUGGAUUUAUAAGGAUCUUGAACUAGAUUUGGAUGGAAGAACACGUGGGGUCAUCACAGAGGAAAAAGAGACAUCAAGUAAGAUGAUCCUGGUGAGUUUAUGGUGCAUUCAGACAAAUCCAACUGAUCGACCAUCCAUGAAUAAGGUGGUAGAGAUGUUAGAAGGAACUCUUCAUUCCUUACAAAUACCCCCAAAGCCUUUCUUGUGUUCGCCUAAAGUGUCACCAAUGGAGUCUUCAACAACUUCAUGAGCCAAAAUUAAUUCAAAAGAAAAGGUUAGGAUCCAGUCUUGGGUGGGAAAAAGAGAAACAUUUUUUAUUAGUCAUUUCAUAUAUUGAAUCUGAUAGGGCAAAAAUGUAUUGACCCCUUGUAAAUUAAUUAAUUACCCAAGUUAAUUAAUUAGGUUCAAUUACA